UUUCCACUGCCGGAAAAAAAUCAUCAGCCCUAACAACUUCCUGACCCUUGACUGAAGUCCGGACACUCAGUGAGAAACAGAGAGACAUAAUUUGAACAGAGAGACAUAAUUUGUGUAGUGAGCAACAAUCUUGGAAAAAUGACCUGGAAGUAUGCAGUAUUUUUGGGACUUGGGAUGUUCCUGUGGUCUGCUCUGGGGGACCAGAUUGGAGCUAGUUGGACUGAGGGAACUAGUCAAACAGAGGGGCCUAUGGAACCUUGGGGAGCUGGGGGCACUAAAGGAACUAGAACUGACGGGACUGAAGACACUGGGGGCGCUGGAAGAACUGGAGGAGCUGGACAAAUUGGCGGAGCUGAGGGAGCUGGAGAAGCUGGGGGAACUGGAGGAACUGGUUUGACUGGCAGGCUGUUGGUGGUGCCGAUGGAUGGUAGUCACUGGACUGGGCUGAAGGCCGUGGCAGAGGACCUGGGCCGCAGGGGCCACACGGUGGUGGUAGUGAUGCCAGAGAUCAGUAUUCGUUUGGACUCUGGUAAACACUACAUUACCAAAACGUUCCCUGUACCGUAUGGACGAAAAGCACUUGAGGAGCUGCAGACCCGUAAUGUUGAGGUCAUGCAGAGCACACCACUGCCCCUACUGGAGAGAAUCAGCACUCGAAUCAGCAACCUAAAAAAGUUUGUAGCCUACCAGCGGGACACCAGUGAGGCACUGCUGUUCAACCAGGACCUGAUGGACUUUCUGAGGGAGCAGAAAUUCGAUGCUGUGCUAACCAGUCCAGCCGUGCCAACUGGAGCCAUUCUGGCCUACAAUCUGUCUCUGCCUGCAGUCUACAUGCUCCGGGGUUUACCCUGCGGAAUGGACGCCACAGCCACGGCCUGCCCUGACCCUCCCUCCUACGUCCCGCGCUUCUUCACCAAGAACUCUGACCACAUGUGCUGGAGCGAGCGGGUGCUGAACGUGUUGGUGAACAUGGUGGAGCCAGUGCUGUGUAAGGUGUUGUACUGGUUAUUUGAGGAUCUGGCGUCACGCCUGAUGCACAGGUCCGUCAGCUUGGUGGAGAUCCUGAAUUCCGGAGCGCUGUGGCUGCUGAGGUACGACUUCACUUUGGAGUUCCCCAAACCGCUCAUGCCCAACAUGGUGCUGAUUGGUGGACUGAACUGUGCCAUCAUGAGACCCCUCAGCCCGGAGGUGGAGGAGUUUGUGGAAGGGUCUGGAGAACACGGCCUCGUGGUGUUUACGCUCGGCUCACUGGUGCCUUCGAUGCCGACAGAAAAAGCCUCCAUCUUCUUCCAGGCCUUCAGCCGGAUCCCUCAGAGAGUUUUGUGGAGAUACACAGGGAGAGUUCCUGAUCAGGUUCCUGAUAACGUGAAGCUGAUGGAGUGGCUUCCUCAGAACGACCUCCUGGGUCACCCCAAAACCCGAGCCUUCAUCACCCAUGGUGGAACUCAUGGCAUCUACGAGGGCAUCUGCCACGGCGUUCCCAUGGUGAUGGUGCCACUCUUCGGUGACCAGGGGGACAACGCCCACCGGGUGGCGAGUCGAGGAGUGGGCGUGGUCCUAGACAUACGUGAGAUCACGGCAGAGAUGCUGAUCGACGCCCUCAACACCGUCAUCAACGACACCAGGUAUAAGGAGAAGAUGACAAAGCUCUCUGCUGUCCAUAAAGACCGGCCCAUAGAGCCUCUGGACCUGGCAGUCUAUUGGACAGAGUUUGUAAUGAGACACAAAGGGGCGGAGCAUCUGCGGCCUGCGGCUCAUGACCUUAACUGGUUCCAGUAUCACAGCCUGGAUGUUAUAGGCUUCCUGCUGGUUGUCGUGGUGAUUGUAGUCGUAGCGCUGAUGAAAUGCUGCUUGUUGUGUUUCCGAAGAUGCAGCAGGAAAUCAGAGAAGAGGAAGAACGACUGACCGAACACCUCAAUAAAUCCUAUCCCCCCAACCCUAAACCCCUAAUCACUCACCCCUAUCCCCUCAACCCUAUCCCCAUCCCCUACCCCUAACCCUUAAACCCUAUCCCCUCAACCCUAACCCCUACUCCUAACCCCCUAACCACUCAGUUUUGAGUACACUUACUGUCUGCUGAAUAAGACGAUGAAUAACGUGAUGUUUUAUAAGAUUAAUGUUUAAUUCAUUCAAAAAAUACUGAGUGUCUUACUUUUGUGAUUAUUCAAUGUAAACUGUGUGAAUAUUAUUAAUUUGACAGAGACUUACGGGUAAAUGCAGCUAUGAGAAAUCAUGUUACAGUCUGAGUCGGUUUUAAUUACCUCAUUGUUCCUGUUUUUCCAUCAGUUCUGCUCAUGAAUAACAUUUCUGACGUUAUUGUGUUGCUGAAGUUUAGGGCUGCAAAUAUUUCCAUGUGUUUUUUAUUUUAACCUUGAAGAAACGAAGGAUAAAUGACACGGUCACAAUCACACUGAAAUCAGUAAAGCUAAUGCUAAAGCUAACAACUCACUGAACUACUUUCCACACGUCCUCAACCUGAACUGCUUUACAGGCGCAUCAGAGAAAAAGCUCCAUCUAAAGCUGUUUAACCUGCACUGUUUACAUUAAUAAACAUGAAA